GCUUCGCCCCAGGAGCCGGUGAGAGCCACCGAGGCCUGGGACCGGAGAUGGGGACGCACCCGGCCACCCCGGGCCGCGCGGCGGGGCUGCUCCUGCUGUGGCUGCGGUGCUUCGGGCUUGUGGAGCCUGCCCAGCGCUCAGGUAAUGAUCCGUUCACCAUCCUCAAUGAAAACACCGGCAAGUGCAUUCAGCCGCUCACUGACUGGAUAGUGACCCAGGACUGCAGUGACACCAAAAGCAUGUUGUGGAAAUGGGUGUCUCAGCACCGGCUCUUUCACCUGGAAUCCCAACUGUGCCUUGGCCUAGACAUUACCAAAACCACAGAAAACCUGCGGAUGUUCAGCUGUGACUCCAGUGCCAUGCUGUGGUGGAAGUGUGAGCACCACUCUCUGUACAGUGCUGCCCAGUACAGGCUGGCUCUGAAAGAUGGGUACGCCAUCGCCAGUACCAAUUCAUCCGAUGUCUGGAAGAAGGGGGGCUCCCAGCAGAACCUCUGUGACCAGCCUUACCACGAGAUCUAUACCAGAGACGGGAACUCCUAUGGAAGGCCUUGUGAAUUUCCGUUCUUGAUUGGUGAGACGUGGCACCAUGAGUGCAUUCAUGAUGAAGGGCACAGUGGGCUGUGGUGUGCCACCACCCUACACUAUGAAGAUGAUCAGAAGUGGGGCAUCUGCCUAGAGCCAGAAGAUGGCUGUGAAGGUAACUGGGAAAAGAAUGAGCAGAUUGGAAGUUGCUACCAAUUUAACAAUCGGGAAGUUCUUUCUUGGAAAGAAGCUUACGUUUCCUGUCAGAACCAAGGAGCUGACUUACUGAGCAUCAACAGCGCUGCUGAAUUAGCGUAUAUCACGGGAAAAGAAGACAUCGCUAGGACUGCUUGGAUUGGACUGAAUCAGCUCUAUUCCGCCAGAGGCUGGGAAUGGUCAGACUUCAAGCCACUAAAAUUCCUCAACUGGGAUCCAGGCGCGCCCAGUGCACCUCUGAUAGGUGGGUCAAGCUGUGCGAAGAUGGACACGGAGUCCGGGCUGUGGCGGAGUGUCUCCUGCGAAUCUCAGCAGCCCUACAUCUGCAAGAAGCCCCUGAACAGCACGGUGGAGCUCCCAGAUGUUUGGACCUAUGCAGACACCCACUGUGAGGUGGGCUGGCUGCCAAAUAAUGGAUUUUGCUAUCUGCUGGCAAAUGAAAGUGGUUCCUGGGAGGCAGCCCACUUGAAAUGCAAAGCCUUCGGAGGUGAUCUCAUCAGCAUCCAUUCCUUGGCAGACGUGGAGGUGGUUGUCACAAAACUCCAUAGUGGGGAUGUCAAAGAAGCAAUAUGGACAGGCCUUAAGAACAUAAAGAGCCCCGCUUUGUUCCAGUGGUCAGACGGAACGGAAGUCACUCGAACAUACUGGAACGAGAAUGAGCCGAAUGUUCCCUGCAAUAAGACUCCCAACUGUGUUUCCUAUUUGGGAAAGUUAGGUCAGUGGAAAGUCCAGUCCUGUGAAGAGAAACUCAGAUAUGUAUGCAAGAAAAAGGGAGAAAUAACUGAUGAUUCACGGUCUGAUAAGCUGUGCCCUCCAGAUGAGGGCUGGAAGAGGCAUGGAGAAACCUGUUACAAGAUCUAUGAGAACGAGGUCCCUUUCGGAACAAACUGCAAUCUGACCAUCACUAGCAGGUUUGAGCAGGAAUUCUUGAAUGACAUGAUGAAGAAGUACGAUAAGACCCUUCAGAAGUACUUCUGGACCGGCCUGCAAGACGCCCAUUCCCGAGGAGAGUACAGCUGGGCCGCUGCCGGUGGAGCAAAGCAGGCUGUGACCUUCUCCAACUGGAAUUUUCUUGAACCAGCGUCUCCAGGCGGGUGCGUGGCUAUGUCUACGGGAAAGAGUCUUGGCCGAUGGGAAGUGAAGAACUGCAGGAGCUUCAGAGCACUUUCAAUAUGCAAGAAGAUGAGCGGGCCCCCGGAGCCCGAGAAAGCAGCCCCCAAUCCCGACGACCCCUGUCCCGAAGGCUGGCACGCUUUCCCCUCCAGUCUUUCUUGUUAUAAGGUGUUCCAUAAAGAAAGAGUUGUAAGAAAGAGGAACUGGGAAGAAGCUGAAAGAUUCUGCCAAGCCCUUGGAGCACACCUACCCAGCUUCAGCCACAGGAGUGAAAUAAAGGACUUUGUUCACUUGUUACACGACCAGUUCAGUGAGCAGCGCUGGCUGUGGAUCGGUCUGAAUAAAAGAAGCCCUGACUUACAAGGGUCCUGGCAGUGGAGUGACCGCACACCAGUGUCUACUGUCAUCAUGGAGCCAGAGUUUCAACAGGAUUAUGACAUUAGAGACUGUGCUGCUGUCAAGGUACGUGACAGGCCUUGGCGAAGAAGCUGGUAUCCCUAUGAUGAGAAAGAAUUUGUUUAUUUGAAGCCUUUUGCUUGUGAUGUAAAACUUGAAUGGGUGUGUCAGAUUCCAAAAGGCAACACUCCCCAAAUCCCAGACUGGUAUAACCCAGAGCGCAGUGGAAUUCACGGGCCCCCACUCAUCAUCGAAGGGAGUGAAUACUGGUUUGUUGCCGAGCCGCACCUAAACUAUGAGGAAGCCGUCCUGUACUGUGCCAGCAACCACAGCUUUCUCGCCACGAUCACAUCCUUUACGGCACUAAAGGCUAUCAGGAACAAAAUAGCAAAUAUAUCUGGUGAAGAACAGAAGUGGUGGGUAAAAACAAGUGAGAAUCCAAUCGACCGUUACUUUCUGCGCUCACGAGGCCCAUGGCACCAUUUUCCCAUGAUGUUUGGAGAUGAAUGCUUGUACAUGUCGGCCAAGAUGUGGCUUAUCGACUUAAGUAAGCGAGCAGACUGCAACGUCAAGCUGCCCUUCAUCUGUGAGAAAUAUAACAUAUCUUCCUUAGAGAAAUAUAGCUCAGAUUCUCCAGCUAAAGCACAGUGCACUGGGAAAUGGAUUCCUUUUCGAAAUAAGUGCUUUUUAAAGGUCAAGUCUAAGCCUGUUACAUUUUCUCAAGCAAGUAGCAUUUGCCAUUCCUAUGGUGGUACCCUGCCUUCUGUGCUGAGCCGGAGUGAACAAGAUUUUAUUAUAUCAUUGCUUCCCGAAAUGGAAGCCGGUUUGUGGAUUGGUCUGCGCUGGACUGCCUACGAAAGGAUAAGCAAAUGGACCGAUGACAGAGAGCUGACAUACAGCAACUUUCACCCCCUGCUGGUUGGUCGGAGGCUGAGUAUACCCACAAAUUUCUUUGAUGAAGACUCUCACUACCAUUGUGCCUUGAUUCUCAACCUGAAAAGGUCACCGUUUACUGGGACCUGGAAUUUUACUUCCUGCUCUGAACCCCACUCUCUAUCUCUCUGUCAGAAGUACUCAGACACUGAAGAUGGACAGCCCUGGGAGAGCACCUCGGAAACCGUGAAGUAUCUCACGAACCUGUACAAAGUCAUCACGAAGCCUCUGACCUGGCAUGGUGCUCUGAAGGAGUGCCUGAGCGAGAACAUGCGGCUGGUGAGCAUCACAGACCCCUACCAGCAGGCCUUUCUGGCCGUGCAGGCCGCCCUGCGGAACGCCUCCUUCUGGAUCGGACUCUCCAGUCAGGACGACGAACUCAACUUUGGUUGGUCAGAUGGGAAGCAUCUUCAUUUUAGUAACUGGGCUGAAAACAAUGAGCAACUUGAUGACUGUGUGAUAUUAGACACGGAUGGAUUCUGGAAAACAGCUGACUGUGAUGAUAACCAGCCGGGUGCCAUUUGCUACUAUCCAGGAAAUGAGACCGAAAAGGAGGUCAAACCGUCAGACAGCGCUAAAUGUCCGUCUCCUGUGCAGAGCACCCCCUGGGUGCCGUUUCAGAACUCCUGCUACAAUUUCAUGAUAACAAAGAACAGACAUAAGACGAUCACUCAGAAGGAAGUGCACUCUAUGUGCCAGAAACUGCAUUCAAAAGCACAUAUUCUGAGUAUUCGAAAUGAGGAGGAGAAUAACUUUGUUGUUGAGCAGCUUCUGUACUUCAAUUAUAUCGCCUCGUGGGUCAUGUUAGGAGUAACCUAUGAAAACAAUUCUUUCAUGUGGUCCGAUAAGACUGCAUUGUCCUACACACACUGGAGGACCGGAAGGCCAGCUGUGAAAAACCACAAAUUUUUGGCUGGUCUAAGUACCGACGGCUUCUGGGAUAUUCAGUCCUUCAACGUCAUCGAAGAAACACUUCGUUUUUACCAGCACAGCAUUUUUGCUUGUAAAAUUGAAAUGGUUGACUACAAGGAAGAAUACAAUAGCACGCUGCCACAGUCCAUCCCGUAUGAGGAUGGCAUCUAUCAUGUUAUUCAGAGAAAAGUGACCUGGUACGAAGCAUUGAACACGUGCUCUCGAAGUGGUGGACACUUGGCAAGCGUUCAUAACCCACUCGGGAAGCUCUUUCUGGAAGACCUGGUGAACCGUGAUGGAUUCCCUCUCUGGGUUGGGCUCUCCAGUCAUGAUGGAAGUGAAUCGAGUUUUGAAUGGUCCGAUGGCAGUGCAUUUGACUACGUCCCGUGGAAAAGCCCAGAAUCUCCUGGAGAUUGUGUCGUCUUAUAUCCAAAAGGAAUUUGGAAACACGAAAAAUGCCUGUCUGUUAAGGAUGGUGCUAUUUGUUACAAGCCUACAAAAUCUAAGGCGCUGCCCCCUCAUCAAAAUACACACUCAUCCAAAUGUCCAGUGGCGAAAAGGAAUGGUUCCCAAUGGAUCCAGUAUGGCGACCACUGUUACUCAACUGACCAGGCAUUGCACAGCUUCUCAGAGGCCAAAGAGCUGUGUCAAGAACUUGAUCAUUCUGCCACCGUUGUCACCAUCGCAAAUGAAAAUGAGAAUAAAUUUGUGAGCAGGUUGAUGAGGGAGAACUAUAACAUCACAAUGAGAGUUUGGCUUGGAUUCUCUCAGCAUUCCCUCGAUCAGUCUUGGAGCUGGUUAGAUGGAUUAGAUGUGACAUUUGUCAAAUGGGAAAACAAAAGUAAGAACGGUGAUGGAAAAUGUAGCAUUUUGAUAGCUUCAAAUGAAACCUGGAGAAAAGUCGAAUGUUCUCGUGGCUAUGCGAGAAUGGUCUGCAAAGUUCCUCUGAGGCCGGAUUACAGAGGCAUCGCCGUCCUGUUCGCCGUGCUGGGUGUCCUAGCGCUCGUCAGCGGACUGAUUUGGUUCCUCCUGCAAAGAGGCCGGCUCCGCUGGACAGGCUUCUCGGCCGUUCGGUAUGAACACGGAGCCAACGAAGACGAGGUGAUGCUCCCUUCUUUCCACGACUAACUUCUCCCAAGAGCCCGUUCACUGGCACGAUGCCCAGUGUCCCAGCAGCAAGAUGAGCCGCGUAACAAUGUCGCACAACCAGUGUUUACGCUGUUUCGAAGUCUUAGCAGCGCUUUCAGCUGGUGAGUGGCUGCUUAACCAGCAGACGGCCAUGCUAGUAAGUGCACGUCCCAGAGCAGAGAGGACUGAGAGCCGAAAUGGAUGCUCCGAUUGUUUACAGGGGAUAAGUUUAACCCACGUGAAUUUUCUCUGUAAGAAUGCAGUCGCUCAGUAGAUGUGUGCGUAUUUUAAUGGCAUUUUUACAGCUUCGUAGAAAACUCAAAUUGUCAAGACUACCUACAUAUCUGCCUUCUGCGAGCAUCUGACCAAAUGCAAUUAACACCUCAGGCAAAAACUCAACUAUAACUAAGAUUGAUGAUGCUUCAAAACAGCCUUUAACGGCACUGGGGGAAAAAUGCUAAAUAAGGCAUAUUUUUACACACCAAAUGGAGACUCUUGGAAGAUAUUUCUUAUGUUAUUUCAAAUAGAUUUAUACCAAUAUUAAUAAAUGGUAACGUUUUCUGAUUGUAAUUCCUCAGAGUCAGUGGUUUGGGAUUUCUUUCUCUUUCUCUUUUUUGGAAAACUUGGAGUUAAAUGUUUUCUAAACUCGGGAAUGUUAUCGUAAUAAUUGACUAGGCAUACUGUAUGUCUAUGGAGCAUGUCUUUUGCUCCAUGACUUUCUUUUUUUUACAAGGACCCAAUUACAGAUGAGACUUAAACUUUUACAGUCUUGUAUUUCACAUAGCACAUCAACUUUUGAUGAAUGUAUUAUUUUGGUUGCCUUUUUAUCCGAGCAAAAUAGGAAAGUGGUCUUUGAAUGAUGGUGUUUACUAACUUUGUAUUUGUAAAAAAAAAAACAACAGCUUCUGAGACAGUGAAACUCAAAGCUUUGUGAUUCAUGUGGGAAUAUUUAAAACUUAAAUGAUUAGGGAAACAUUAUUCUGUGCAUGUGAUUUCCAUUUUAACACCUGGAAUAUAUUCUUACUAGCUGUGUCUACUAAAUAUGGUGACAGCUUUGUUCAGUGUUUCAUAUUUAUACUUUAGAAUAUUUUUGUACAAGACACAAAUUUAUUUUGUUUGAGGUGUUUAUACUAUCAUAAAGCUGUAAAUAAUUUUCUAAGGCUGUUUUAAUAUAGGCUACAAUUGUCCUAAAAUAUUCUCACUGAGGCAUCUUUUAAAUAAUCAUUAGGAAUUUCUUCAGAGACCUAAAACCAAAGCAACAUGACUAGAGCUGAUGCCGUGGUAACGUUGGCUUGCCUUUUUAAAGCGUUGGAGUUGAUCCCUGCAUGCAAAAACAUUUCUAAAUUAGAUUUGAUUGUAUCCAUGUCUAGUGAGAUGAUAAAGUGUCCAGCUAUUGGAAGUUGAGGCAUUAUUUAAAGAUUUGUGCGAGCACUUUUUAAAGAAUAAAUAAAUCGUUGUAUCUCUAAAUUA